AUUUGUUUGAGUUCUGAUACUCCUUCUAGAGUACUUCUGUUGGUGUUUAACACUUACAGAUUAGUAUUACACAGCAAAAAGAUGAUGAAGAAUCGGAACACGCAGGUAGCUUUGUUCACCACAUCACGUUUGUCACCGUUGGCCAAACCUUUCACGUUCAACGGUUCCACCUUUCAACCCACUUCAAGUUCUCUUUUUGAUCACUACCCUUUUCACCAGUUGUCAAAACAACGUGAAUUUGAUAUUGUGAAGGAUUUUUCACUGCCCACUUUCUCACCUCGCAUUACUACUGCUUCAGUUGCUGUCACCGGCAUGUUUGAGAAAGGAUCCGAUGAUGUUUACCCAACAGGCUCUGAUACAACUGUGGCAAAAGACACUCCAUCAAAAUCUAAUGGCACAAUACUUGCUGCUGAUGAAUCUAUCUCCUUUCCUAGUUCUAAUGGUAAAUUUGCCCCACUCAAAUUGUCAACAAUUGAUAUUUCUUCUGCUAAAAACAGCCCCCAAAAUCAGUCUUCUGAGAAUAUAGGUGAAAGUGACUCUGAUGUGGAUUCUCCUUGUUGGAAGGGAACCAUGACCUUUCCUCGUAGUCCAAUAGAAAUUUCAGAAUUGCCACAAAUUGGUAAUGUUGAGAAGGCAACAGAAAAACAUAACAAUUUAAAUCCUCUGGCUCCUCAUUUCUUUCCUGGUAUUAGAUACAUAAAGGAUGAUUUUGUGUCUUCCAAUUCCUGUGCACCUGUUGUCACUAAUAUAGUGUCAGGAGAAAACAUGCUUGUGAAAACCGUUACGGCUGAAUACCCAGUAGAAUUGAAUAACGGAAUUGAGGUUCAGCAAUCUGGUAACACCUGUGGAAUGGGAAAGGAAUUCAAUAUGUCUAAUGAUCCAAAAAGUAAAGAUUCCAAAGCUAUCAAGUCAGUCAGUGAGGUUUUCCCCACUAAGGGUCUUUCUCCAAUUUCAGUUCCAACUCCAACAACAUCAUCAUCAUCUGGAGUUGGUGUUGUUACUGAUCUUUUGAAAACAUUUGAAGGUGUUUCGAAGUCAUUGAUAGAAUCUCCAAAACCUGAUGUUGGUAUAAUAGUCAACGCAAUGCAUGCUCUUUCAGAAGUACUUGUGCAAACGUGUAUGGAUGGAGUAUAUUCAUACAACGAACAGGGUUAUGAUGUGAUUAUGAUCCAGCAAAUACUCAACAAUCUGAAUGCUUUUAGCUCGAAAAAAUGUGGCCAACAGAUUUCAACUCCUUUAAAUAAUCCAUCUUGUAAGGGACUGGAACUGACAAGUAUAGAGACCUUUAAUGUUCUACAUAAGCCUUAUCUGCAAAAUGAUUAUGCGGGGGAAAACAGAGUUAUCAAAGAGGUUGGUCAGCAUGGACGGAGUUCUUUAGCAUCUAGCAUUGUUGAGGACCAGGACAAAGAUAAUGAAAGUACUCAGCUGCAGAUCAUUAGGAGAUGUCUUGGGAAAACGGUGGACUUUGAUCAACAAAUGCAUCCAGAGGCUUUAUUGUUUUGGAACUUAUGGCUUGAUUCUGAAGCAGAACGUUGUUAUAGGAAAUAUAAAACUUACCGCUAUCUUAUGGAAGCUGGGAUGGACGUAACUUGUGCAAAUGUUGCAGUAUCUCCAUUUUCCCAAAGAUCUUAGAGCAUUUUAUCUUUACUUCACUAGCUGAUCAUAACGCUUUCUGAACAGGAU